GCAUAUGUAAAAUGAAAAUAUCUUGUGUAGCUGACUACAUUUACAAUCCCCAGUGAAAAGAAAUGCCUCCCCUAUCUAGCGAUGGUUGCUUCAAGGAUCCCACAUCUGUUCAGGUGAUGGUGGAACGGACCCGGGAAAGUGUAUCUAAGAUCUUUGGUGAGUACCGCCGAAAAGUGGGCGAUGGGGCCCGUCAGGCUGUACAGCGGGCCAGAAGUCGUCACCGCGUUGAUCUACUCAGGAAAACAAGUUCGCAAUCUAUAGUUGAGGGUUAUCGUUUCUGUAAAAGUUUUCGCUGUCAAGAGGUGGCCUCCAUCAUAUUGUUGCUGAUGAUCCUGCUGCUGCUUAUACUAGGACUUAAAGUGGCCAGAAAUUAUAAUCACGCCUUUGUCUACGGAUCAGGCGGCUGUUUGUCAACAUUUCUUUUGACCUACGAGGAGUGCAUUAUACUGACCUAAGUUCUAUCCAUUUUAUUUUUGAGUGCAACGCCAUUGAUGUUUGUUUAAUUGUGGCUAAUAAAGUGUUACCUGUA